GGUGAUCAGUGGGAGGAACAGUGCCCCAUUGUUUAUGUCAGUGGGAUUAUUAGUUCCCCUUUUCUAGUAUCAGUGGGAAGAACAAUGCCCAGCCACUGGUGUCAAUGGGAGGGACAGUGCACCAUCGCUGGUGUCAGUGGGGGGAACAGUGCCCCGUCACUGGUGUCAGUGAGAGGAACAGUGCACCAUCACUGUUGUCAGUGGAAGGAACAGUGCCCUGUCAUUGGGAUCAGUGGGGGGGAAUAGUGCCCCAUCAUUGGGGUCAGUGGGAGGAAUAGUGCCCCGUCGUUGGGGUCAUUGGGAGGAACAGUGCCCCAUGUUGGUGUCAGUGGGAGGAAUAGUGCCCCGUCAUUGGUGUCAGAUGGAGGAAUAG